AUGGCUUCAAAUGAAGAGAAACUCAUCAGCCCGGUGGAGAUAGGCCACUUCGGCGUUCGGACCAUUCCUGAGCACUACGAAGCUAUGGUCAAAUGGCAUACUGACUUCUUCGGCGCCCAAGUCAGACUCUCGACUCCACGGGCUACGAUGUUAUCGUACGACCACGAACAUCACCGUCUUGUCAUCGUUUCAGACCCGAGCCACAGACUCAUCGAAAAGAAGAGGCAAGCCGCAGGGAUCUACCACAUCGCAUUCACUCUGUCAUCAUUGGCCGACCUGGCUAAGAGCUAUGAGCAGAAAAAAGCCCGCGGUAUCACCCCACAUUGGCCCGUUAACCACGGCAUGACAACUAGCAUGUACUACCACGACCCAGACGGCAACGAGUUUGAGCUGCAAGUUGAAAACUUCAAAACCACAGAGGACGUGGUCGAGUUCAUGAAAAGUGCAGAGUUCGAGCAAAAUCCCAUCGGUGUGGAUCUCAAGCCUGAAGAUUGGAUUGAGAAGUUACGAAGCGGUAUUGACGAGGAAGAGCUCAAGAGACGACCCGUCAUCGGCAAGCGCAGAUCAAGAUUCGAAAAUUCUCUCUACUUCAAGCCAACGGAUCCUGAUUCGAAUAUUUCGGCCGAGGAUGCACAGCCUUACACCCAAUAUGGGGGUCCAGUGUAG